AUGAGAUUAGUAUUACAUCUUUUUACAAUAGUACAUAUUAUUAUUCCUUUACUUUUUAUUCAUGCUCAUAAUAAAUCUUUCAAUAAAUCAAUAAAUAGUGUUAAUCAUACAGAGUUAACUAGUAUUAUUAAUGUUGGACCACCAAGAAAUUUAAUGCUUGACAUUGCCUGUGAUCAAUUACGUCCAUGUAUUAAAUCAUCAUGGCUUCCACCAGUUGAAUAUGAAAAAGACAAUAUCAACCACCAUCAACAUGAAUAUGCCAAUAAACAUUCGAAUAAGAAUGGAAUAUUAGCUUAUCGGCUACGUUAUCGUAUCAUUUAUCCAAUUGAAUUAUCACAAAUCAAUGCAUUUCAUGUUGAUAAUAAUAAUAACAAUAACAAUAAUAAUAAUAAUGAUAAAAGUCAUGCUGAAAUCAAUUACAAAUUAUUCAGUAAAAUCAUUGAAAAGAAUAUUACUGGUUUACAAUAUACCAGUAAUCCCGGGGAACAUUUGCUUGGUGUAAUAUAUGAAGUUUCAGUAGCUGCAAUCACUAAGAAUGGAUAUGGUCAAGAAAUAGCUAGUCAAAUAGCUAUACCUGAAUCAGCUCCUUCAGAUGCUCCAAGUAACUUUCGUGUAGUUGGCGGUAAUCAAACCUCAGUGCAGUUAGCUUGGGAACCACCGAGAUUAUUAUAUCGUAAUGGUAUUAUAACAAAAUAUCAAGUUCGAUGUUAUAUUGUUGGCGAAGAAGAAAAUCCUGAUGAAUUGAAAACGCUUACAGAACAAACAUUAAAACUAAUCAAUUUACCAACUGCAACACAUGCUUGUUUAGUACGUGCAUGGACUAAAGCUGGUCCAGGACCAUGGAGUGAUCGUAUUCAAAUUAUUAUAAAUCAGAAAGGUCCGUCACCACCGUUCAAUAUUCAAGUUUAUUGGAAAACGCAACAAGUUUUAACAGUCAAAUGGACACUACCAGAAGACAAAGCAAACAUAGCCUAUUUAAUUAUUCAUUAUGCAAAACAAACUAAUCCAAAUUUAUGGCAUAAAUAUUUUGUAAAAGAUUUGAAGACAACAGACGAUUUGAUUAAUUUAAAUUCCAAUGAUGAAUACUUGAUUCGUUUAAGUUCAGUUGAUUUAAAUGGAAAUGAAGGUGAUUUAUCAGAUAUUAUUAAUACAAAUUCACAUCAACAUUUAACACUAGUUAAUAAUAAUAAUAAUAAUCAUAAUGAUAACCACAAUAUGAAUAAUAAACGUAAUCAACAUUUUAUAUUUAUGGAUAUACCAGAUCAACCAGAAAAAUUCACUGUACAAAAUUUUAAAUGUGUACAUAAAACAAUGAAUUCAAUCACUAUUGAAUGGUUACCUCCGAUACAUUUAGCUAAUCUAAUUGAAUAUCAAUUACAUUUAUCUGGACGAAGUGAAUUUAUCACAAGUAAUGGUGUACUCAAAUCAAUUCAUUUAGAUGAAAUUCAAUUACAUAAAAAUAUUCAUGAACAAAUUGAUACAAAUGGACAAGAAUUAUUAUCAUUAAAUUGGCCAUUAAUGAAUAUGAUGAAUAGUAUCACAGAUCUAGACAAUUAUCAUUAUCAUUCACCACAACAAACACAUAAAAUGCAAAUAUCAAAUUUAAAACCAAAUAGUCAAUAUAAAAUAACUAUUCGUCCAAUUUAUCGUGCACUUAUUACUGAAGGUAAUUUAGGCACAAAAGACGGUAUACCAAUCACUAUUCUAUGUCAUACUGAAUGGAGUGCACCAGAUUACAUAAAACCACCAGAAUUACUUGCAAUUUAUGCAGGUCCAUCAGAUCCAGAAGGUCCAACUUCAAUAAUCGAAGUAAAAUUAUAUCGUGUAUCUGAAGAAAAUGGUCCUAUACAUAAUUAUUAUGUCAUUAUAUCACCAGAAUUAAACACGGUAACAUCAAAUCAAAAUGUCCCAUUGAAAUCAUCAAACUCCCUAAUUAUUGAUGCAUCUCAAUAUGAUCUGAGAACUUUGUCACAAAACAAUGAUUUACCUAGCUAUCAAGCACCUUAUUUAGCAUUGGCACGACAUACCAUAGAUUUGUUUGAACCGAAUCAUGGAACUGCAAUCAUUAUAUUAGGUAGUGAAGAAAUCGAUAAUUUUAUUCUGGAAAAUCAAUACUACUUACAUUCUACCACCAGUGGAAAUCAAACAAAUGAUAGAAGCAUAAAAAAGACUACUGAUCUCAGGUCUUAUUUUCCUGAUGAUCAUUCACAUAUUUACGAAAGUGAUAGUCAUACCAAUAAAAUUAAUGAAAACAAACCGUACUACUAUAAUGUUAAUAGUAAUAUGUUUACGAAAGUUAUACAAACGAAUAAUAAACGUCUUUUUCAAUCUACUAUAUAUCGUUUUGCCUUAAGAGCAUGUUCACAGUAUUCUGAUGGCCGUCAAUUAUGUGCUACAAGCCAAUGGUCUGAUAGAAUAUCACCUAUAAAUCCAACUAAAUUAAAUACUUUAUCAAAAUUGAAAUCAUUGAAAACUAAGUUAAAUGAAUGGAGUUCACACGAGUCAUCAUCAUCAUCAUUUACCAUUAUUUUAACUGGUUUAUCUAGUGGUUUAAUAUUUUUCGCCAUAUUAAGUACUAUACUUGGUUGUAUAUUAAAACGUAGAAAACAACAGCUCAAUCGAAGAUCAUUGCCUGAAACAAAUACUAAUAAUCACUUAUGCAAAGAUUUUAACAAAUCCAUAUUUAAUGAAAAACAUUUAUUAACAACAUCGAAUUCAAUGACAAAAUGUUAUUCAUCAACAAUUAACGAAGAGAAUAUUAUUCAUAAGAACAAUGUGUUAAAUUCAAAACCAUCAAGUUAUUUUUUAAAUUUACCAAUCGACGGAUCAAAUAGUCCAUUGCAUUCAAAUAAUAAUAAUCAUACAAUACCAAUAUUAAAUUUUUCUUAUUCCAAUAAUGAAAUACAACAACCAAUUUCUCCAUUAAGUUUAUCUUCAUCUAAUCAAUUAACAACAAUAUCUGAUUUAUCACCAACAAUCACUCGAUCAAUUUAUGCGAUGAAUAAUAAUAAUAAAAAAUCUGAAUCACCAACACGAAGUGUAAAUAGUAAUGAAUUAAUCAAUGCGAAAACUAUGCAUCAUAUUCAAUCGAAAUAUGGUAAAACAAAUAUACUAGAAAAUUUCAAUCAACUUGUUUGUGAUGGAACACUUGAAAUACAUCGAAUGCCAAUACCAGUUGAACAGUUUCAAGAAAUAGUUUAUCAAGCGAGAAAUAAUAAUAGCUUUCAACAAGAAUUUCAAACCAUUGAACAAAUCUCAUUGACACGAUAUAUUAGUGCAGUACAUUCGAAUUUAGAUAUAAAUAGAGCAAAAAAUCGAUAUCCGAAUAUUUUAGCCUAUGAUUGUACACGUGUGAAUAUUCAAUCAAAUUAUCAACAUCAUGCCAAUACUGCACAACAUGGAAUUAUGACAGGAUCAGAUUAUAUAAAUGCGAAUUAUAUUGAUGGUUAUCGGAAACAAUGUGCUUAUAUUGCAACUCAAGCACCUCUACCAAAUACAUUUGAUCAUUUUUGGACAAUGAUAUGGGAACAAAAUACAAGUGUUAUAGUUAUGCUAACUAAACUUAUUGAAAAUGGACAAAUCAAAUCUGAUCAAUAUUGGCCAAAUAGUGGAGUAUUAAUAUUUGCUGAUAAAUUGAUUGUAACACAUUUAGAAACAAAUGAAUUAGCUAAUUAUAUAAUACGUUGUUUUGAAUUAAAAAAAGAUAAUGAACAUAGAAAAAUUUGGCAUUUACAAUAUACAAGUUGGCCAGAUCAAGAAGUUCCAUCUUACUCUACUGUAUUUUUAAUGUUUCUUCGACGUGUUGGUACAAUAACGCCGAAUGAUUGUGGUCCAAUAGUUGUACACUGUUCAUCUGGAACUGGAAGAACAGGCGUUUAUAUUGCAAUGAACAUAUUACUGGAACGUAUGAAAAACGAAUCAAUGAUUGAUAUAUUUGGUCUGGUGAAUCAGUUACGCACGCAACGUAAUUAUUUGAUUGAAACACCUGAACAAUAUCAAUUUUUAUACAAUGCCUUACUUGAAUCUAUUACAGAUGGUAAUACCGAAGUAUCUGCGCGUAAUCUAUACACACAUUUACAGCAUUUAUCUAUGCUACAAACUACAACUACUACUACCAAUACUACUUAUAAUAACACUAAUAAUAGUAGUAAUAAUACAAAUGAUCUUAACAGUACAUUGUCUACAACAACAAUACCAACAACUCCAUUGGCGAAUAGUUUAAAUGAAAUAUCUAACAAUAUAACAGCAGCAACAAAUUCAUUAGGUCUUACUGGAUUUCAAUUAGAAUUUCGUAAAAUUAAUAAAUUAUCACCUAAUACAACUUUAACAUCGAAUUAUGUUCAGUCGAAAACUGGUUUUAUUGGUUAUACACCACCUGGAAGUCCUGUACAUGGUUAUAAAUUAAGUGUAUCAUGUGAUGCUGCUAAACAAAGUGUUAAUCUCAAUAAAAAUCGAUUAGUCAGUAUUGUACCGUUUGACUGGAAUCGUGUCACUCUCUGUUCAAUACGUGGUGUAGAUGGAUCUGAUUAUAUCAAUGCCAGUUUAAUUGAUGGUUAUUUAAAGAAAAAUGCAUAUAUUGCUUGUCAAGGGCCAAUGAUAUCAACUGUAGAAGAUUUUUGGCGUAUGGUUUGGGAGAAACACAGCUGUUUAAUAGUGAUGUUAUGCUCAGUAAAAGAGGGUGGAAAAGAGAAAUGUUUUACUUAUUGGCCAGAAGAUAAACCAUCACGUUAUCAAUUUUUGGUAAUUGAUUUAUUAGCUCAACAUUCAAUGUCUAAUUAUAUAUUACGUGAAUUUAAAUUAACUGAUACACGUGAUGGUGAAUCACGUACAAUCAAACAAUUACAAUAUAUUCAUUGGAAUGAACAAGGAUUACCGCAGACAAGUGAAAGUCUAAUUGAUCUCAUUGGACAUGUACAUAAAAUUAAAGAACAAUAUCAUUGUAAUGAUGGACCAAUUACUGUUCAUUGCAGUUCUGGCGCUGGUCGAACAGGUUUAUUUAUAACCAUGUGUAAUGUAUUAGAAAGAUUGCGUCAAGAAUCAGUUGUUGAUAUGUAUCAAACAGUAAAAUUGCUAAGACAACAACGUGUUUGGAUGGUUCAAACUGAAGAACAAUAUCGUUUUUGUUAUACAACAACAUUGGAUUAUUUAAAUUCAUUCGAUUUAUGCACACAACCUCAGUUAUUAAUUCAAACAACGAAUAAUUUACAACUGAAUUCACCAAAGCAUAAAGUAAAAAUGAAAUCUUCACAAUUCACUGAUAAAAAUGUUGUAUUUGAAUUAGAUAAAAAUUAUGAAUCAAUUAAUAAUAAUAAUUUAGUUAAGCAAUUAAAUUGA